GUCUCGUAUGUCACAACAUACACGAUCGAGGACUUUCGCGCCAGCUGGAAGACCGUCCUUGCCUAUUAUGACGGAAAUGAGGCCGGUCGCGUGCAGGACACGGUCAUUAACGAGCAGCUCGAACGCAUGGUCGACAUUCUGGGCCGCGAAGAGGCAGAGGUCGGACCAAUGGGCCCGUGCGUGGAAGACAUGCUACAGCGCCGUAUUCUGGACGUCCUUGUGCAGCUUGGUCAAGGCGAACAGCCCGAAGGCAUGCUCGAGGUGGUCAUCCGCAACAUGACCAGCCUGCUCCAACGGCUCAAGCAGCCACUGCUGCAUCAAGUCGGUGUCCAUCGACCCGUCAAAGCCCUCGUCAAGGCUGGGGCAAACAGCAGAUUGAUGAGCUCGCACCCUUCGCUCGAGGUUGCCUUUGUCGAAUUCCUCGCCACCCUUUGCAAGCUGCUCGUUGCCACUCCAUCUCUCGUCGAGUUCUUUAUGGAGGCGGCUGAAACGCAGUCGACAUCCUCGACCCCAGUCAAUUCCCCUUCCAAACCCGGAGCUAAACGCGGCGCUGAACCGUUUGUCGCGUCGCAUUUCGCCCUCUUUUCCUCCCUUGUCAAAAUGAUCCAAAGUGACGACCCGACAGUUGCAAUGCUGGCUCGCGGGGCUCUCGUCGAUUGCUUGUCGCUGCCCUCCGAGUCGGUGGCCAAGUUUGCUGAAGGAGUUGGCCAAGUGUCGCAAAUUUUGAUUCGCGACGCGGUCGUUCUGUUUGACUAUCUGCCAAAGACCUUGUCGUCGGCGCAUGUGCACUCCAUUCACCUACUCGAGCUGCCCUAUAAUGUGUUUGAUCGCGCACCCUUGGCAAUGCUCUCGCCGAGCCUGAACUCAAAUGCGGCCAUUGCGUCGCCUUUGUCGUCCCCCGUGUCGAGCAGGAACAAGGCCAGUGCCACACCACCCGCCUCCCAGCAGCAGCAAUCGCCCCAGGCUGGUGUUUUGGACAUUGUCCUGGCGUUUAUUAUUCAACUUCGCUUUUUGAACGAAGUUGCGCGGAGCCCCAUACACCCAGCCGUUCGUGCCUCGCUGGAGCUUGCCUUGUACCAGCAGUUUCUCGUGCCUCUGGUGCAACCAGCCCUGCAGCAAGCCUCCGAGCCAGGCGCCAUCUCGCACACUGCCAUUGUCGCCAAAACACUCGAGUACAUGUCGCGUCCCGGCUUGGCGGCAGUCUUUGGCCGCUUCCUGGUUGGCCUACCGCCGGGCGACCUGUCGGCUCUCUCGGACCCCUUGCCAUCGGGAAGGGCGCUCAGCGACGCCGCAGCCCGUCCAGUGACACUCAAGGAAGACUCGGCCUUGCGCGACAAACUCAUUUCCCGCUGUGACGCUAUCUCUGAAGACUUGAGCAUUGUGACAUUGCGCCUGUUUGAUGUGCUAUUGUCUCGCAAUGUCGGCGAGGUCGUGGAUGCACUUGUUGGGCGCUACCUCCGACAAAAAUCCUACUUGCUGCCAAAGAAUACGUUCCCGGACGCGGUUCAGCCUCCUUCUUCGGAUGCGCCAACCGCGCUGCCUGUUGAUCCUGCAAUGACUGUUGAUGACGACGACGACGACCUCGCUGAUUUGCGUGUCGUGUCGGUUCCUGGAGUCGAUUUUGACGACGCGCGCGUUGCCGGCACCGUCACCUUCUUUAUGAGCUUGUUGCCCAGCGGCGCCCAAUCGACCACAGCCGAAGAGGGUUCGGACUAUGUUGCCUACUUUGCAGAUUCUCAGGCCGCUCUCGUCCGGUCUCUCGUGGCCUCUGCGUACGACAUCAACAUGCCUCUACUGGCUUUGCCCAUGCCGAAAUCGCUGCACGGUUCGGUCGGCAAUCUCACCGAGCAGGCCCCUGGAACACCAGACUCUGCGGAUGGCUCGCUGUCUCUGGGGGUCGAGCAGGCUGAAGGCGCCUUUAUGUUUAUGAUGCUCAACAAGCUGGAGCGCCUUUUUGACCAAAGCUACGCUGUCAACCUGAUGCUCACUUCGGUUUUCAGCAAACUGGCCAUUGCGCCGUUUGAGCAUGUGCGUGCCUUCCUGCUGGAUCCGUCGCUGUCUGUCGAUGCCGAAGCACGAACCUUGCCGCACGUCUUGUCCAAGGUUGCGCAAGAAGCCGUUGGACGAUCCAAGCGCAUUGACAACUACGCUGCUCUCGUUCGCGACUGCCGCAAACGGCUGGACACUGGGGACUCUGAUGCACGGACUGAAAGCAACUUGGCCGAGUUUAUUGGCACCAACCGACGACUGUUGGAAGGCGUGAUUGUUCUCGAGGAAUUUUGCAAAGAGCUUGCGGCCGUUGCUGUCGUGACUGCUGGCAUGUGA